GCACGCGUUCCCCCAAUUCAAUCUGUGCGUGUGUGCAUAGCAGUGAACAACAUCCUACCUUAUUAACAUUGGAAUACAAUCUUGAAAUAACGACAAAAUGAUACGUCAAGACCCCAACCGGUUCUCCAAGAAACAAAAGCCAGACUAUAGGAAAACUCCAUUUGCAGAAAAGCCCGCCUACAAAGAUCUCAACUACCCGCACCGUCUGAAUUUCUACACAAUACCUCCUACUGCUGAUAUCACUCUGGAACAAUUUGAGCAAUGGGCUAUUGAUCGCCUGCGAGUCCUCGCGGAACUCGAAGCAUGUUCAUUCAGAAACAGAACGCCUGCCGAGACAGCAGCCCAUAUGAAGCCCCUUCUCGAUAAAUAUUUACCACUUUCUGCUUCUUCAUCUGGCUCUAGCGCACUACAGUCCGAGAGACAGAAGGAUCAUUAUAGUCAUUUUAUCCUGCGGCUCGCUUUUGCUUCUACGGAAGACUUACGAAGACGAUUUUCUCGAGUGGAGUCUAUGUUGUUCCGUUUGCGGUUCCAAGCAGACGAUCUUAGAGAACGGCAAUCAUUUGUAGAGGGCCUCAACCUAGAUUGGGAGACGGUGAGUGAGGACGAGAAAAGAGAUUAUUGGGAACAAUUGAAGGGUGCAGCCGGCAGGGAUAAGUUGAUAAUUGAAGAAGAGAGUUGGUUCAAAGUAGACUGGGAGAGAGUCCCGGAAUUGGUAGAGAGUCGGAGAGUAUUCUUGAAGGGUGGAAAGGCGUACGUUCAUUCCAGGGAACAAUUAUCGAUGGUAGUUGCGGAAUUUACAAGUAGGCUGGAUAAAGCUUUGGAGAUCACAUCUCGUGCACUUCCUCGGCUCGAUGAAGAUGAUCGACUAACACCAAUUCUUACACAUCUUUCUCAAAACUUCACCACACCGGAUGCAAAUUACUCCAACUCAGCAACUACAGUCGAUGGAGCUGACAUUUCCGCUCGUAAUGUCGACGCACUCUCCUCUUCAUUCCCUCUCUGCAUGCAAAACCUCCAUAAAUCCCUCCGCAGAGAUGCCCAUCUCAAACAUUACGGUCGUCUGCAAUACACGCUAUUCCUCAAAGGUAUCGGCUUGAACCUGGAAGAAUGUCUUGUAUUUUGGCGUUCCUCCUUCAGUAAAAUUACAGAUGACGUCUUCAAUAAAGAAUACAGAUACAAUGUUCGUCACGCUUAUGGUGACGUGGGAGGAGAUUCGAAUCGCAGAGGCAAUGGAUAUUCUCCAUUUAGUUGUCAAAAGAUAUUGACAGAGCAUCCUCCAGGGCCAGGAGAAUCACACGGUUGUCCUUAUAGACAUUUCAGUGUGGAUAACCUAACUUCGUUAUUGCGUGCCGUAGGCGUGAACGACCAUGAGGUUUUAAGGGGGGUGAAAGAAGAUAAAGAGAAGCAGAAGUUUCAUCUUGCUUGUAACAGAGUCUUCGAGUACGCACAUAAACAGGAGAUUAAGAAAGUCAAAGAUGAUGGCACAUGGGGUGCAGCACAAUUAGAAACCAUUGUACACCCCAAUGAGUACUUCAAACGAAGUUAUCUACUGAAAAAUAUGGGCAAAGCCCCUACUGCAGGGGAGGAUGUCAAAAUGGAUGAUUAAGUAAUGUAUGAAUUAUAUAUGACAUAGGUUAGUACUGGCGUUACUGGUUAGGAGCAGAGAGUGUAUUUUACGUUCUGUAUGACAAGAUACCAUAAUCAAGACUGAAUGUCUUCUUUUUUAGUGAGGCAAGCACAUGCAUGCAUCAAGAGUAUAAUAUACCUCCACUCUGAUCACACUUCGCUCUUCUGAGCCUUCUCAUUCACUUGACACUCGUCUAUUCCUUUUGGACGCACAGUGGCCGCACAAAUUUCUAGACGAUAACUUCAUCUCUGCUACUAUUUUCUGAUACUUUCUUCAACCUUCUUAGUCAACCAGACACUGACUUGCUCCGAUAGCUUUAAGGAAUGACCAAGGAAUCAAUCUUUCACCUUGCUGAUUUCUAGACAGUGCGUAUUCUGAAUAUUUAGUGAACAUUACAUUUGGUCAAGGAUUCAAGCCUCAAAGUCGGUCAUCUCUUGCCAUUCACUCUAUAUUUGACCAACAAACAUUCAGCCAUUAUCCAUCUAUCCAAAUCUCGAAAUCAAAGGGCCUCGCCUUUCCAAUUACCUGAAUAAUUACAAGAAAAAAUGGCUGCCAGUUUACACACGGGGUCUGCUAUCAACCCAGAGGAAUUCACACCCUCAAAGGUUCCAAUGCUAGCCUUUGGUUUUGGCUUAGGUGCAAUCAUGGGAUUUGUCGCUUGGUACAUCAUGUAUUUCUACAUGCUUAAUCUUGUAUUCCCUCGAAUUGAUGGAGUACAGGCUCAGAGGAUUCUCCAGAGAGAUCGUAGGAACUCCGGAGUCAAUGAUUAGGGACGAGAUCUGUUGACGUGGGUGGUUUGGGGCACUGGAGAGUGUGAGAGUACCAUCGCGCAAUGAGGUAUAUCUUUCAACGGCGAGGGUGGAGUAACAUCGGACUUCAGACUUGAGGGGAAGCUGCGGGCUGAGCUGGGUCAGGUUGACUCUUCUUGGAAAUUAUAUGCACCAUAGUAUACUCAGCUUCCAACAAUUCUGAGUUCCAGCACCAAAGUACAACGACAAUCAAUACAUCAACGCAAUAGAUAAUACUCGCCGUGAAAAAUACCUCUACGCUUUAUGGGAUUUUUCCGGUAGCUGCUGAGAGAAGAAUAGUGUUGCUUGGAGCCAGAAGCUGACGAGGUUCCUUCCCCAAUAAAUUAUGGAAAACAUUUUGUAUCUACUACCUGUAACGAAUGCGGAUUUCACACAUUCCUAUUUCGGCGGCUAAUCUCGUGAGGCGUAGUGUGCUAGAUUAACUAAAUCCAUUUAUUAAUUGCAAACGUCCAUUGAUCGUUCCACUUAUGCUGCCA